GUUUGCUGAAUAAUUAAAAGCGGAAGCUCUCUGGCAAUCCAUUUUUUGUCGCUUUAAUAAAGAUUACUUGGUUAACAGUCGAAGCUCUCGUAAGGAAUGUUCUGUUGCUGAACUGAUCGAGUUACUGAAUCGUAGCGCAUUGAACUCCAUGGUUACUAAAAGGAAGCAAGCUGAGAAUCGACGAGCGAUGGCGUUCUGGUGCUCGUGAGGGAGGAGAGGGGGUGGUUGGGGAAAAGAAGGAUUUUUCAAAGUUUUUGAAGUGUGCAGAGGGGACAGAUGUGGGGAGCAGCCGCAGCAGCAGACAUUGAUAAAGGCAAUCAGAAACCCUGGGCUGGGGCUCUGUGAGAGAGUGAAGAGAGAGGAGAGAGAAGUUUGGCCAUCCCGUUCUUUUCCCUCCAUCGCCUCACACAUGCCGAGCCACACGCUUCAAAUACCUUGACACUCCCUCUUUCUCUCUCUCUCUCUCUCUCCUCCCUCUUUCUAAACCAGCGACAGAAGUAUCACUCAGACUCUCCCCCUCUCUCUCUCUUUCCUUCUCUCUCUCUCUGUCUCUCUCUCACUUGCUCUUGGUCGCCAUGCCGACUAGAGCUCAGAGCCCCGCUUGGCUGUGUUCCCUCCUCGCCGAGAAGUUCUUCACGCCCUGUUUACUUCACGAGCUCGCCAAGAAGAAUGAGAAGAACAUCUUUUGCCUCGACUGCGUCGCUGCCAUCUGCCCCCAUUGCCUCUCCCUGCACCGUUCCCACCGUCUCCUCCAGGUGCGUAGGUACGUCUACCACGAUGUUAUCCGGCUGGAGGAUCUCGAGAAGCUGAUUGACUGCGCCUUCGUUCAGGCGUAUACCACCAACAGUGCAAAAGUGGUGUUCUUGAACCAGAGGCCCCAAUCCCGGCCAUUCAAAGGCUCGGGGAGCAUCUGCAACACAUGCAAGAGAAGUCUCCAGGAACCGUACCACUUUUGCUCCCUCGCCUGUAAGGUAGAGUACUUGGUGCGUUGCGAGGGGUCCAUAUCGAGGUACCUAUACGACUGCGCGUACCUGCCGCUCUCGGACCUCGGCUGCGGCCACCAGGAGGGUGGUCUGAGGGAGAUGGACGACGGCCAGAUGACGCCGAGCUCCAUACUCGACGGCGAGAUCUCGCUCCGCACGUCGUCGUCGUCGGGGUCGAGCGGUAACAACGGCGGGACGGCCGGGGGAGCGACGAUGAUCUGUACGGCGACGACGGAAUUCGUGAGGAGGAAGCGACGGUCCGGCGGCAAUUCUUCGCAUUCCCGAAUUGCCCCCGCCCCGCCAUCCGUUUCCUCCGCCUUGCCCGCUUCCAGCCGGAGGAAAGGCGUUCCCCAGCGGAGCCCAUUUUUCUGAGGUUAUCCCGGAAAUUCUCAGGAAAAAGGGGGAAAGAUGGGAAGUGGUGAAAGACAGUGAGCUAGCCGAUUUCGGCUGGCAGUUUUUUUUUGCGUUUCUUUUCCUUUUCUUUGGAUGCCGACCUCAACUCGGAAUGGUUUUCCUGGGAAAGCAAACGGGGGUUUCAUGUAAAUUAGCCACUCAUCAAGCUUAUUUCCUUCAUUCUA